UGCAGUGUCAUGGCGGACGUCGCAUGAGAACGUGCUUUAGAGAAGAAAAAAAAUCAAAAGAUAAUUAUCUUUUUGGGAUGAUAAAGAACUAAAAAUGGCGAAACAAGACGUAGAAAUGAAAGAGGCAUCCAAACAGAACGAUACCGCGGAGACAGAGGAGCCACAAGCUGAAGUUUCCAAAGAAGAAAAAGAGAGACUUGUUUUAGAAGACCUAAAAGACCAGGUGAAGUCCAUAGAUAAGUCAGUCUCAUCUAAAGAACCUCGGCAUUUAACUCGUGUUUUGAGGUCUAUCCCAACCACAAGGAGGAAGCUAACUCACCCAAUCCUCAGGAAGCUCAUUUGUGGCUUCUUUCCAAAUUCAUCUGUUGCAAGAGAUGGCUUGUUGGCUUUUCUGGAUGAGCCAAUGGAAUCAGAACCUGGGACACCAUUCAGACCACGCAGUGCUAGGCUGGUAGCUGCUGCCACACUACCAGAAGUUGAAUUCUAUUUUCACUUGUUAGUUCUGAUUCAUCUCAUUGAUACAGAGUGUUACAAUGAGGCAGUUCAAUGUUCUGAAUUGCUGAUGCAACGAUCUUUAGGACACAACAGAAGGACGUUAGACCCUCUACUGGCCAAAUGUUACUUCUACCAUUCCCGUGCUUAUGAACUGGUUGACAGACUAAAUGAGAUCAGAAGUUUUUUACUCGCCAGACUUAGGACAGCCACUCUGAGACAUGAUGAUCAAGGACAGGCCAUUCUUUUGAAUCUUCUCCUAAGAAAUUACCUUCAUCUAAACUUGUUUGAUCAGGCAGAGAAGCUUGUUUCCAAGUCAUCCUUCCCAGAGUCAGCAAGCACAAAUGAAUGGGCAAGAUUUCUUUAUUAUACAGGUAUUAUCAAAGCUAUUCAACUGGACUACUCCGAGGCUCAUAAAAACCUCCUGCAGGCAAUAAGAAAGGCUCCACAACAUUCUGGUUAUGGAUUCAAGCAAACUGCACAAAAGUUUGCUAUUGUGGUUCAACUGCUUCUUGGUGAAAUACCUGACAGAGCCACUUUCAGGGAACCAUUCCUUAGAAAAACUCUUGUUCCAUACUUCCAGCUUACUCAAGCUGUGCUGAAUGGAGACUUGAAGCUUUUUAACCAAGUAAUAGACAAGUUCAAGGAGAAGUUUCUUUCUGAGAAAACAUAUACACUCAUUAUCAGGUUGCGGCACAAUGUGAUUAAAGCUGGAGUUCGGAUGAUCAACCUGUCAUAUUCACGUAUCUCUCUAACUGACAUUGCACAGAAGCUUCAGUUGGACAGUCCUGAAGAUGCUGAAUUUAUUGUUGCCAAGGCAAUUCGUGAUGGUGUCAUUGAUGCUACAAUAGAUCAUGAGAAAGGUCAUGUACAGUCUAAGGAAAAUGUGGACAUCUAUUCCACUAAUGAGCCACAAGGGGCCUUUCAUCAGAGAGUUAGCUUCUGCCUGGAUCUUUAUAAUCAGUCUGUCAGGGCCAUGCGAUUUCCACCCAAGUCCUACAGCAAGAAUUUGGAGUCACUAGAGGAACAAAGAGAAAGAGAAAAACAAGAUCUUGAGCUUGCCAAAGAAAUGGCUGAAGAUGAUGACGAUUUCCCUUGAAUUCAAAGUCUCUGUUGUCAGUCACUGUCUGUAAUUCUUGUAGUUCCUGCAGUAUAAAUAAAAAUGUCUUUUUUGAUGUU